AUGGACACAGACACAGGCAUGCACCAAAACCAACACAACAACCAACAGUUCAAAAUCCAGCACCACAACCAACAGUUCAAAACACUGCACCACAACCAACAGUUCAAAACACCGCACCACAACCAACAGUUCAAAACACUGCACCACAACCAACAGUUCAAAACACUGCACAGCAACAACCACAAACAGAGCAAGGACAUAAAAGAAGUAGAGAACAAGGAAACCAAGAAUUCUUAA